UUGUUGGGGCUGGAAGCUACAAUAAUCGCGUGUUUAUCAAUGGCUGAUAAAGGACCAACAUUUGAGGAUAAAUUGGAAAAGUACUGGAGGCGCCUAUUUUAUCUGCAGCCGAAAUCGGAGACCACUCCUUUGGAUUCUUGUACAAUAGAGUAUUUUGGAGUUUUAAGUAUUAGAGAUCCUUCAGCCACCGAGCGUAAGCUUUGGCAUAUCUAUUACUGCAUGAAACCCGAUAUUUCCGAUGUUGUCAAUAAGAUUCGGGAGAAAUAUGGCAAAAAGAAUGUGUACGAAAUAUAUCAGAAACCCAUAUUCAGCGGUGUGGGUUUUCGUAAAAUCGUAAAAGAUUAUUUUUCCAAUUUGAAAUGGACAACAAGCGGAAAUCUCUUGGAAGCGCCUCCAAAUAGCUAUUAUAGCGAUGAAAAGUUCGUUAAAACAGUUUCAAAUUUGCACUAUAAAGAGCAGAAAAGGAUAUAUGGCUAUAUAAUGGAGCAACACAAUUGGUAUAAGCGCUGCAAUGAUCAAAAACCACCACCUCUCCGGCAUUAAAAAUGUAAAUAAAUAAAUAAAAAAGCUUUUCUACACAGAGUUGCUUGCAAAAGCUCA